UCCUGGCGUUAUGUCUGCAUCCUCGCUCCGUCUGUUGUAAGGAUGUGAUGAUGUAUUUGAGUUUAACACAUAGGUAAGCAGCUAAGCGUUUACCGUGCUCUUCGGUUGUUUUCGGUGAGAUCUCGUGCGUGAUGCGGUGGCUGAAGCUGGCGGACAUGGCGGACGGAGAGAGACGGUCGGUGCAGAAUCCGAAGAAAUGAGCGAAUCAGAACGCACAGAGACUUCAUUACAGGCCGUUCGCUACAUAUAAUAAUAAUAACACGAUGAUCCUGACAGCAUAUAUGGACACCUGUGUCCUUCACCAGGCUCAAGCGGUGUGGCCAUAGCAGCAGUUCUGGAGGAAGAGGAGCAGCGAGUGUUUCGGUGGCGCCACGCCCUGCUGCAGGGCAUGGAGUACCACAGUUCAGGGACAGUGCCUCUCCUGGGAAGCCCUCGCUACUGUCCUGGCACCAACAGCGCUAGCGGCUACCUCUGUCAGACCGGACACUGCUGUCAGGAGACGGGCUGCUGCACCUACUACUACGAGCUGUGGUGGUUCUGGCUGCUGUGGAGCGUGCUCAUCUUGUUCAGCUGCUGUUGUGCGUAUCGUCACCGUCAGGCGAAGCAGCGCGUUCAACAGCAGCAGAGACAGAGAGAGAUCAACCUCAUGGCUUACCACGGAGCCUGCAGUUACCCGUCCUCCAUGUUUGACCUCAGUUUCCUCGCCUCACUCAAACUGCCGUCCUAUGAGGAAGUAGCAGCCCAACCUAGCACACCGCCCCCUCCCUACAGCUCCGUUGCCUACCCACGAGGCUCCGCCCACCCCGGCCCCAGUCACAUGCUGUCAUCACAGAGCUCUGACAACUACACCAGCUGCUCCUGCGACUCCUGCUGUCCGUCAUCACCCUGUAGCUCCUCCCCUUCUUCGGCCCAACUCACAGAUGAAACUGAUACUAGCCACGCCUCCACGCCCUCCCUCAGUGAGCCUGGCCACACCCACUCAGCGGUCAUGCACACUGAGUGUGUCCCAAUACUGCCAAUCAACGAAGGCGGCCAAUCGCCAACACAAAGCACAGACGAAGUCAUGGAGGCGGAGCUUCCAAGCUCCACCCCUCUGGAUUGCAGUGGGAGCAACAAACCAGUAAAAAGCAUCACUAGUAGCACAGAUAACAUUACUGAAAAAGUAGAUGCAUCUCAAAAUAUUAGUACUAACAAUAUCUGCGAUGCAACCAGCGUUAAUAACAUUAACAGUCCAAAUUCAACGAAUAUCACCAGCCUUUGUCAUCCGACUCCACCAUCCUCCCCAUCACCUCUACAGCUCUUCUCCAUGUCUGACCCGCUUGGUGUUUGCCCCAAGCAGCAGAAUAAUGCAGCUCAGAGGGAGGAGCCUGCACAGGCCCCGCCCCCUCAGUCUCCACCCAGACCCGCUCUCUUUUCUCCCAGCAUCGAACCGGAGCGCCGCGAUUCGGCCGUAAGCGAUCUGGACGUAGACCAAACGCACUUCCAGCAGCGACGACUGACCGGUGACUCUGGCAUUGAGGUCUGCCGCUGUCGCGUAGAACGUGAAGAGGAGGAUGAUGAUGAAGAAGAAGAAGAAGGAAAAGAAGAAGGAGGAGGACACUUACCAGCAGAGUCGGCCAAUGGAGCGGAAGACGCUCUUCAUGAUAGUCCUGACUGUUCGGCCAGAGCCAUACCGGAUGGGGGCGGGAAAAAGGCGUGGCCUGUUUCAUAUGUGGCUCCGCCCUCUGACACAGUCGUCAUCGCAAUGGAAACUGACUGAGAGUGAUGUUAAUAGUACGCAGAUCUUGUUCCGAGAGAAACCCUGUACAGACUGAUGUUAGAAGACACACAUUCUAAGGGUCAAACACUACCAAAAGUGUGUAAUUAUUACAAUUUUUUUAAGUUUUAGAAAAAAGUAUCUUCAACUAACCAAGACUGCAUUUAUUUGAUCAAAAAUACAGUUAAAAUGUGAAAUAUUAUUACAAUUUAAAACAGCUGUUUCUAUGUGAAUAAAGUAUUUUUACUGUAUGUUUAAUCAAAUAAAUGCAGCCUUGGUGAGCAGAAGAGACUCUUUCAGAAACUGUGGCGCUGACACACAGAUCACAAAACCAGACCAAACCUUUGAUCUGACCAGUCAUGAGGACAUUAAAAUAGAAAGAAAAAUAUAUUUUCCAUUAAAAAAAAAAACAUUUUUAUUUAUUUUUGCAUUGGAAUGUAGAAGAAUUUGAUUUGGGGAAAACAAAUCUACAUUUUAAUAUGUAAUGCAUCAUUUUUGUUAGAUUUUUGGCCAUUCCUAGUGAAAGGUUUUUGGUUGUGAUGUGAACUCUAGGGUAAAGUGAACUGAAGAUACAGACACGUGCAAACACACGUAAACAUGGACGAUGUUCUGCCUGGAUGAACAGAACGAACCCUAAAAACAUUCUUACUCUCUCUCUCUGACGGUCCGGCUGCUUCUUUUGCUCAUAACACCAACAGUUGUGAAAACCAACACCCUUCCCAUGGAAUUCUGGGUAAUGCAGAAGAUGAAAAGCGAGUGGAAACACAGAAAGCAGUUCCUCCACACCAGCUCGGCCGAACAGAUGCACUGGAGAAGAAUGGAGACGCACCUCAGGACUUCUGCGGUUCAACCUUCGUUUACAUCUCCACGUCAGACGCUGAUACGCCAUCGUUCAUUUACAACACGCAGGCGGGUGAAUCUCAUCAGAUAGGUCAAAGUUAUAAUAUAAAUAUAAAUUAUAUAAGAAUAAAAUGAUAUAGGAAUUUAUUUUGGGAUGUGGUGAUGUGGAUGUGUCUUGGUGAGAUUCACUCUGUCUGAAGACUGACAGCGAGCAGCUGUUGAAACAGUCACACACAUACACAUACACAUAUAUAUAGUUAUAUAUGAAAAUAGAUCUAAUUCUACAACUCUAGUAGCUUCAGAUGAAUAUAUAAGCUGUGUGUGGAUAUGAAAUUAUCUAUAUUUUGUAAGCAUGCUGUUAGGAGUGUUUGUCAGAGGCCUUCAGUGUUUCCACCAUCUCUGUUACCACGAUGACCCCCUGGAGUGUGUGUGUGUGUGUGUGUGUGUGUGUGUGUGUGAUGCCGAUGUGAAGCUGUAAUUCAGACUUUAAAGACUAAACGCUUUACUCCAACGACACCAUCAGCCGCCCGUCCUGUAAUCUCUGUUUGCACAGUCAGCGCUCUCUCUCUCUGUGUGUGUGUGUGUGUGUGUGUUUUACGAGUCACCGGUGCUUUAGUGAGAACUGAUGAAUUGUGAUUGAAUAAAUUAAAUAGAAUUGA